CAUAACUAUAACCAAACUAAAAAUAUCUCACAAUUUCUUAUCCCAUCACUUCUGUUAUGACCACAUUUUGGUAAUGUGUGUGACUACCCAUUAUUUGUAAAGCUUCUGUAAUCAUAUCGUUUCGUGGUGCAUACAACGUAACAAGGAUGGAUACGAGAAGCCGGUUAGAUUAUGCUCUUUUUCAGCUCACCCCUACUCGGACCAGAUGUGAUCUGGUUAUAUGUGCUGGUGAUUGCAAAGAGAAAAUUGCAUCCGGACUGUUGGAGCCUUUUAAUGCUCAUUGCAAGUUCGUAAAAGAUCAGGUUUCAAAAGGUGGUUAUUCUGUUACCCUUUCGUCUACCAGUUCUUGGUUUACCAAAUCCACUCUUGAAAGAUUUGUGAGGUUUGUAAGUACACCGGAUGUUCUUGAGAGAUGCAUAACCAUUGAGAGAGAGAUCGAGAACAUUGACUGCUCAAUAAUCACCAGCGUGCCAUCAGACUCCCAAACUGUCUAUGGAUUGGAUGAACACUCAACCAAGUCAGCUGCUUUUGCAUACAGGCCUGAAGAAAACACAAGUGAUGCCAUCCAUGAAGAAGAUCCUAAGGUUCAUCUUCAGCGUGUUCUUGAAACUAGAAAGGCUACACUUCAAAGAGAGCAAGCAAUGGUGUAUGCACGGGCAAUAAUUGCAGGGUUUGAGACAGAUACCCUACAAGAUCUCAUUUGUUUUGCAGAUGCUUUUGGAUCUCCUCGUUUAAGGGAAGCAUGCUCAAGUUUUAUGGAGCUAUGCAAUAUUAAGAGUAAUGAUAUAGCCUGGAUGGAUCAAGUAGCGGCAAUGCAGGCAUACUCUUGUUCGCCUUACUCAUAUAUGGAAAAUGAUCUAGGUCAGGAACUUAGGAUUAAUGUCCAAAAUGACCAUUUUGCGACUAAGAAACAAGACGGGUAUGUUGAUGGCACGGAAACUGACUUGGGCUUAAGUCAUGGGAAUCAUGUUCCUCAAUAUAUGCAUACCUUUCCAGGUGGUCCCAUGUUUCAGCCUCCAUAUCAAGGGCACCCCUUUCCAGGCAUGAUUCUCCCUCCAUAUUAUCAAGGGAAUCUUCCAUUUCCUCCAAACAUGGAAGAUUCUAGAAGUAGAGGGAAACGUAUACACAAGAAACGAUCAGAAAAUGACAACUUUGACUCAAGUGACUCUUCUUCUGGAAGAGAUUCCGAUAGCUAUGAAAUGGGUUCAUCACGGAAAGUUUUAAUUAGAAAUAUUAAUUACAUCACUUCUGCAAGAAAUGAAGCAGAAAACGAAUCUUAUGCCAUCCAGGAUCCUGAUCGAACGGUAGAUAAACAUGAAGAACAAAAGGAAACACAGCAGUGGAAUAUCUUUCAGAACCUUCUAUUGAAGGAUGCAGAUGACACUGAUCAUAUUGGAAAUUUAAGAUCCGGGGAAGAAUUGAGCCCGGUCAUAAAGAAACGUCCAAUGUUUGAGAAGGAAUUUGGUUCCCAUAAAUCUACCACUGCUGGAAAACAUAAAGAAGAAUGGUUUCUGAGAAGCCUGCCAGAUAAAGUAAUUCAAGAGAAAAGUAAAGACAUCUUUGAAGACCAUAUCAAUUCGGUGGAAACUAGAAAAGUUGGUCUUGUUAAUGAUCCUUUCGCAGUUCAAGCCCGGUCUGCUAAUGAUUUGUCUGAUUCUCAGUUGAGAACACGUGACAUUUUAAUGGUUUCAGAGAGUAAUGCGACUCGAAAAAAGGUGGAAGCUAAUUGUGUCAGUGAGCCGAACGAUCUGUAUAUGGUGCUUGAAAGAGAUACAACUAGACAACAAGCUGUGCCAGCUUGGACUCCAGAAAUGGAAUCGGGCAAUAGCAAUGAUAAGGUUAUAAAACUGAAUUCUGCUGAAGAAAUUAAGUCAACAGUUCAUGCUAAAGAAAUUAAGUCAAGGACUAAAACUCCAGUUGGGAAAAGCCUUGAAAGAAAAGUCUCAACCAUUGAAGCAAAGUCUAAAGUUUUAACUGGAUCAAAAAGCAUGAAACCUACAGCAACCAAAGCAACAAUGCUAAAGGCCAAAUCAAAUAAGGAGGAAGAGAAAAGAAAGAAAAUGGAGGAACUUUUAGUUCAACGUCAAAAGAGAAUCGCAGAAAGAAGUGCUUCUGCCAGCAAGACAGCAAAGAUUGACAAGCCAAAAGCCGUUGUAUCUAAAGACAUGAACAAACCAAAAAAGCAGGUGAUUAGUAGUUCCACCAUUAACCGUCUGUCAACUGCACGUGUAGUUAAUCCUAAGGUUUUACCUACUGAAUCAAAACCUGGUAAUAAACCUAUGAAAGUGGCAGCGAAAAGAAAUAAUGAGCCAAAACCUGUUAAUAAACCAACAAAAGUGACAGCCAAGAAUAGUGGUGUUUCGCAUACUGUAUUUUCGCAAAAUACUACUGAUUCUGAAAAGAAAAGAGGGAAACUGCAGAAUGUCAAACCUCUAGGUAAGAAUAAUAGUUCAAAGAAUAUAAAUGGACCAAAGAAUAAGAUUGCUGAUCUCCAUAAUUCUAAACAAUUGCCAAAAGCAUCUACAACCAAGAAAACGGGCAAUGAGGUUGCCCGAAUUGUAGUAUCAACACCUACAGAGUCAGACAACAUGAAAGGAGCGAAUAAAACAUUACAGGAGCCAUCUUUGGUUCAUGAAACAGAUAUACCUGUUUCUGAUAGUAUUGCCAGAUCUGCCAAUAAAGCUACAAACUCUGUUACUUUCAGAAAUAUUGAUAAGCAUCUAGGUGCUAAAGAAAAUACUGUUGUCAAAGUGAAUGAUCAGAUUCGAAUGAGAGAUAUAUCGACUCCAUCACCAAGCAAAUCGAGUGUUGAAAGAAACAGUUCAAAGAAGAAAUGGGGAAAUUUUGAAACAACAAGUAAAGCUCUCAGUGGUUUCAAAAAGCUUCUAUUUUUUGGCAAGAGAAGUUAAAAGGGUUAACUAUUUGGAUGCAUGAUUGAAGAACUUAAGAUUGUUCUGUGUGUGGCUAUAAGAUGAGAUAUUUCAUUAAAAUGUACUCUUUCUUAUUAAUAAUAUCAUUAUUUCAAAAUGGUUACA